UUAUCAUCGCAUUUCUUAUUCACACACACAUACACACGCGCGCGCACUCCACCUACUUCAAGCCACUUAUGCCGGUGCUGUAGAGCAGGAUCUCUCAGUUGUCGUUAUUAGUCGAAUGAUCGCUUUUUACCUGUUAUAGCUUUUCAUUUCAAUUCAGCUAUUCAAAGAAUUAUUUUUACGGAAUAAGAGAGAUUAUGUCCAGACAGCUCACCAUGAAUCCAGCUUUUCUACCUCCGCAAACUAACGGCGUUUUGAAGGCGCUCCUGGAAAAACCUCUGAAACUGCCUUUGCACCAAGAUGAAGGCUAUGGAAAGGAGAGAGACAAGGUUAAAAAGCUGGACGAAGAGGGAAACCCUCCGCAGUCUGCUUUCUUAGGGCCAACACUUUGGGAUAAAACAUUGUCUUACGAUGGAGACAGCUUUCAGUUGGAGUAUAUGGACCUUGAAGAAUUUCUCUCUGAAAACGGCAUCCCCUCCAGUCCUGCACAACAUGACCAAAACCUCCAUCAACAUCAUCACCAGCAGCAGCAGCAGCAGCAGCACCAACAACAGCAGCAACAGGUUUCAAUGCCCCAGGGGCCUAUCUCAGUCAUGGACCUCAGUAGUCGCUCCAUCCACACAGCCAUUUCUCCUCAAAACUGCCUCCACAGCCCUGGCAGAUCAGUUUUGCCUCCAUCCCGUAACACACCGAGUCCAGUCGACCCGGAGGCCCUUCAUAUUCCGGUGAGCUACGAGCCCGACCCGGCAGAUCUCGCUCUCUCCAGCGUCCCUGGACAGGAGGUUUUCGAUCCACGGAAGCGCAAAUUCUCCGAAGAAGAGUUGAAACCUCAGCCUAUGAUCAAAAAAGCACGCAAAAUCUUCAUUCCUGAUGAUUUGAAGCAGGAUGAAAAAUACUGGGCACGGCGCAGGAAGAACAACGUGGCUGCCAAGAGAUCACGAGAUGCUCGGCGUCUGAAGGAAAAUCAGAUUGCCAUCCGGGCUGGUUUCCUGGAGAAAGAGAACAUGGCCCUCCGUCAGGAAGUCGCUGACCUACGGAAAGAGCUGGGGCGGUGCAAAAACAUCUUAACCAAGUAUGAAGCUCAGCACGGGCCCCUGUGAGGCCUUCACGGUGCUCUGAAGUUCCCCUUACCCAGUGCCCUUCCAAUUCGAAGGACAAUAUUCUUGGGUUGCAGGUCCGCUGGGCCAGUUUUCCAGCCAGCCCUCACCUCAGUCUGUUCUUGGCACCUUAGAAGGCAGAAACGUUUCAUUGCGUGGUUAUUUUAUACAUCUUAUAGAGAUCUAGCCAUUCUCUUUCUCUAUUUGUUAGUGCAAACAAAGCCAUCAUUGUUUGCCGAUCAUGUUACUUAUUGUUUUAGUGUUGUAGCAUUUGUCCACAAACGUUUGCCUUGAUUUUGUUGUACUUUAGCAGUCAGAUCCGAGCUCUGCAGGCUCACACUCAUUGUGCUGUGUAAGAGAGAGGUACAUGUGCAUAGAUUCCUCAGGCGUUUUAGGUUUUGUGUCUUCAUGAAGACAUCAUUCUCACAGACAGAACAGAAUGUAGCAAGAAUGAGAGUUCAUAAAAUAACUCAAUUAUACUAAUAUAUGUGUUUGUUUUAGGAAGCAGGUAAUGAAGUUGCUAAUAUUGAGUGCAACUGGUUCUGGAAGUAAAAACCCAGUUCAUUUAUUUCAAUGGGAAAUUGAUUUUAUAAAACAGACCUCUAAUGAGUGGUGAGGUUGUUAAUUGAUAUGCUUUUGUUGGAUCCAUUGGUUACACAUUCAGUCCUUUAGUAAAACGAUUAUUGUUAAUGAUGGAAUUCAUGCAAACUUCCCUCUCCCCAGACACGUCCUUCAGCUUUUUCGGGGAGAUCCCGAGGUGUUCCAUGCAGGCCAGCUGAGAGACAUAGUCCUUUCUAGCGUGUCCUUGGUCUUCCCCCAGAGCUCCUCCCGGGUGACAGAGCGCCCUAUAAGGGUGCGCUGUGUCACCCCUUAAAUUAAACUCAUUUCAACUGCUUGUAUCUGAGAUCUUGUUCUUUCGGUCAUGACCAUAGAUGAGAGUAGGAACAUAGAUGGACCGGUAAAUCUAGAGCUUUGCCUUUAGUCUCAGCUCCUUCUGUACCACAACAGACAGGUACAUUGACUGCAUUACUGCUGCCGUUGCAGCAAUCAGUCUGUCAAUCUCAUGUUCCAUCCUUUCCUCACUCGUAAACAAAACUCCAAGUUACUUGAAAUCCUCCACUAGGGGUAAGGACUUUACUCCAACCUGGAGAUGGCAAACCACCUUUUUCCAGUGGAGCACCAUGGCCAUGGCCUUCUUAUCCCAUUCAGGAAUUCAUGCAGAUAAACUACAUUAUUACCCAUGAUGCUGUACAAACAUCAUACUGUACCAAUCAGAGAUUCAUAAUGACCAACAGGAUUUUUUGGUCUGAGUAAAAUAACUCAUCUACAGUAAAUCCUAUUCAGUUCUAAACUAAAAGUAGCCGUCAGCGUUUGUCCCAUUUGUUGUCUGGUCCAUCUUGGUUGACAACGUUUGAGGGAUCUUAAAUUGAAUUUUUGUGGUCCCCUUUGGCUGAAAUGAAACUAAUUUAUGUUUCAGUUGCACCCACACUGGUGAUUCAUUCCACUGUGGUGACCCCAGAUUAAUAAAAGGAAUAAGCUGAAAAGAAAAUGAAUGAAUGAACCCACACUCAUAAAAAAUAUCGGUAUGUGAAAUACCGAUAGCAAAGCUGAUAAAUGAAACUUGUCCAAUGAUAUCUUUAGCUCCGCCCACAUCUAUGAGUCACCACGAAUAGUGCAAUUGUCAGUGUCUAUACACUCUUAAAAACAAUUAAAUAUUAAUAGAGAUGAAUGCAGAUUUAGCAACACAUGUACAUGUGCAUCCAGCCCAAUCUCACCAGGAAAUGUAACUUUUUUACGUAAUGUCAGUAAAAGGGCUAAUUUAUGUUAUUUCAUUUGUAAUAAAAUGUACGAUUUUUAAAAGGUGUUUUUAAUACAAAUUAGCCAGUAAAGUAAAAUGUUACAAAUUGCAGUGAGAUUGCGUUUGUACGCAACGCACACCCCAAGUCCCAUGGAGGAGUUCCGAAAGGAUAAAAUGAGGAGUGGUGGCAAUGAAAAAAAAGAUAAAGGACCAGGCCUGAGAGUUUUAUAUCACAGUUUUAUUUAUGUUUGUGCAGCAGAUACCCACAAGAGGCUACCAUUUUAUUUUUAUUUAUUUUCCUUCAGUUUAGCUCCUUUAUUGCCACAGUGGAAUGAACCACCAACUCAUCCAUCAUAUGUUUUACACAGCAGAUGCCCUUCCAGCUGCAAUCCAGUACUGGGAAAUAUGUUCAUUUUGUGGAUUGUUAAUUUAUUAUAUAUUAACCUUACAGUACCAACCUUCCCAUUCCCAAAACAAAUAUUCAAUAUUUCUUCAUUGUCUUUGAUUGCAAUUCGCCAUGCCUUAUGGCAGGGGUGUCCAGCUCAGUUCCUAGAGGGCUGCAGCCCUGCAUAGAUCAGUUCCAACACACUUACCUUACCUAGCACACUUAGGUUCCAAACAAGCCUGAAGGACUCAAUUUGUUUGAUCAGUUGUGUUUAAUUAGGAUUGUAACUAAACUGUGCAGAGCUGCAGCCUUUCUGAAAGUUUGACACCUGUGCCUUAUGGGAUUGUAGUACCUCAAAGGUGAUUUGUUUGGUGCCUGACUUGUAUAUGCUUUAACAAAGCUUUAACCAUUAAUGUGAAAAAAUCCUGAUGGGAAAAAUACUUCCAGAACCAGUGCUGCUGAAAAAGGUGGAUGGGAACUAAUGCACUCUUCCAAAGCGUGUUAAAUUAAGUAUGCCAGUCUGUGUUAAUCUGUGCCACAUGUAGGCUUUUCACACGAGAACUAUUUAAACCUGGGUCAUUCUAAACCUUGAGUGAACAGAAUUCUGGUUUAUUUUGAUCCAUGUUUCACACCAAUCAUCAAUUAAUUAAUUAGCCUAUCACUAAUUUAAGAGAUUAUAAUUAACCCUGAAAUUAUUUCACAUGGUAAAUUUCAAAACCUCACGUCAACUUCUUCAUUUGAAUAUUGACUGUGUCUUUGAUUAGAUGAAGGUGCGCACAUGUCCUGCUAGUGAAGUGUAGGCCUGGUGCGUAAUAAUAUUGUCAAUAGCUAAAUCUGAACAAUUUUUUUGGACUGUAAAGUUUGGAGCGAAGCAAGCUUUACUUGUCUGGUACAAUUUGACAAUUUAAAAAAAAAGUGACCUCAAAUGCUUAAACUGUUUAUGGUUAUUACGUACGGUGUUUACGUGACUGUCAAAAGCACGUGAAUAUGAUGCAAAAUAUCCAUUUUAACAUUGAUGAAGUUAGUUUCACACAAUGUACGUUUGCCUCCGACAUACCCUUAAAAGCAGUGCAAGCUAUGCUCCGUUUUAAGUUUUGUAAGCUCGGGUAAACAUGGUGCACAACCUGGUUAUAAGUGAAAAAUAUUUACUCUGGGUUAAAAGUAAGUUUAGAACGACGUUAUCCAGGUCGAGCGCCGUGUGAAAAGCCCAAAGUCAGCCUAGUUACUUUCUAAAAAGUUAAAAUGACUUUCAUUUAACAGAAUUUGAAAGGUAAAUUAUUUGGUUAAAACGCCCCUCUUUCCAUUUUUAAUGUAAAUGUGUUAGAAGCUAAAUUUAUUAGUGGCUGCUACUAUACUAUUUCCAUCAUAUUUCACAAAUAACGUUAUUGAUUCUUUAUAACAACAUACUCUAUGAGUUUAAACUGUGAUCGAAGUAAAGCUCGCUGAACAAGGUCUCAAUGCCCUUAUUGCAAACACAAAGAAGAAACCUGCUGUACAGUAGAGUAUAUUGAAGCUGAUAUGUUGCCUUUUGGUGGUCAGUUAUGAAAUGAAUGUAGAUGUAUGAUGUAUUUUAUGUCUAUCACUCUUGAAUACAGACCAAAUGAUAUGAGAUACAAUAAGGUUAUAUUGUCAUAUUAAAUGUUUUUACAAAGUUAUUCUCGUUUUUGUACAGUAUUUUCUUAUGAAUUUCUGAAUAUAUAAAUGUAUUUAGAUGUGUACUGUAUUGCGUCAAACUAUAUGAACAUGUUCUAAAUUCUAUACGGGCAUUAAUAAAUUGCAUUUAGUACCACGAUCAUAGUUUCUUUACCUUUUACAGCUGUCUAUUAUUCAGGCAUCAGUAUCUUUUUUAUAUAUAUAUAUAUA